ACUUCUCAACUUGAUCUAUUCUACUAAUUUGGCUUAUAGCAGAAAUUUUGAAUAAGCACACAGCCAUGAGACCUACUUCCAAAGCAUUUAUUCUGUUUAUUUUAUUUCUCAUCUUUGUGUCAUCAGGUACUGUUGAAGGCAGCUUGGGCAAUGGCUUAAACAGCAUUCACAAAUUUCAAAAGGGGAUGAGAGAAAUACCAAGAAAGUUGAUGGUGGUGGAUGCAACGUUAGAUUAUGACUAUGCAGGACCUAAUCCCAGGCAUGAUCCCACUAGAAAGAGAGGUGGCAAUCACCCUUGAAGAAACUUUGCAUACUGGGGUUCAAAAGAAUCAGUAGUUUUGGUUCAAAUUCUAUAUUUUUAUGUUAAGAAAUCACGUAAAAUAUGUAUAAAUAAUUAGUCAAAAACUCAGUAAGCUGCGUUUUCUAGAAUCCAGAGCCCAUAAUUUCAAUAUCUUUAUUCCUCCUAUGAGUGUGUAGAGAUUUUGUUUACAAUAUUGUUGCCUCAGGGCAUAAUAAGAAUUGCAAGUCUCUUGAUGAGAUGUUGCUUGAGUUUUGGCUUGUGCCUCUCUGUUAUGUAAGCUAGAUAGUAUUAUAUGUUAGCACUAUUAUGUUGUUUGAGUUUUGAAAUAGUGAAAUAAAGAAAGUUGAUUAG